AUGACUGUUGUUAAAACUGACCUAGAUGGUAUUCUACCUUUAGUUGCUAGGGGUAAAGUUAGAGAUAUUUACGAGGUUGAUGAUCAAACUUUACUAUUUGUCGCUACAGAUCGUAUCUCCGCAUAUGAUGUGAUUAUGCAAAAUGCGAUCCCAGAUAAGGGUGUUUUGUUGACCCGUCUCUCUGAGUUUUGGUUUGAUCUACUCAAGGACGAUGUGCGUAACCAUUUGAAGCAUAUUGAAGAGGGUAAGACAAUGUAUGACUACUUACCGGAGAAGUUAAAGGAAGAGAAGUACAGAAAGCAGCUUUCUGGACGCUCCCUUUUGGUCCAAAAGCAUAAGUUGAUACCAUUGGAGGUCAUUGUCCGUGGGUAUAUCACAGGAUCAGCAUGGAAGGAAUAUAAGAAGAGUGGUACUGUUCACGGAUUACCCCAACCAGAGGGUUUACAAGAGUCGCAAGAAUUCCCAGAGGCGAUUUACACCCCUUCAACUAAAGCCGAGCAGGGUGAUCAUGAUGAAAACAUCUCACCAGAACAGGCAGCGCAAUUGGUUGGAAAGGAAUUGAAUGAUCGCGUUGCAGCCCUUGCUAUUAAAUUGUAUACCAAGUGCAAGGAAUACGCGAAAAGCAAAGGAAUCAUUAUCGCUGACACGAAGUUCGAGUUUGGUAUUGACGAAGAGACAAACGAGAUUAUUCUUGUUGAUGAGGUUCUUACACCAGACUCUUCAAGGUUCUGGGCUGGCUCAUCUUAUGCGGUUGGUCAUGGACAAGAUUCCUAUGAUAAGCAGUUUUUAAGAGACUGGUUAACCUCUAAAGGGUUAAACGGUGUUGAUGGCGUCGAGAUGCCUGAAGAAAUUGUUAACAAGAGUAGAAGCAAGUACAUUGAGGCUUACGAAGCGUUGACAGGAAAACAAUGGCAAUGA